AUGAUAUGGAAAAAAAACAAAAGAAAGAGGAGGAAUAUUUGGUUGGUUGAAGCAGAGGGAGAGAAGCGAAGCAGAUGAAAUGAGGGUGUGCACUGUGCAGGUUUGGUGAAGUAGCGAGCUAUCGAUUCACAGAAUGAUUCCCAAAUGCGCAGUUCCGCCAUCUCAGAUUCAGUUUCAGAGCUUGAAUGGACUCCGACAGCUCGCUGAAACGCAUCGUUUUAAGGUUUGGUUGUUGGAUCAGUUCGGAGUCCUCCACGAUGGAAAACAACCUUAUCCUACUGCUAUCCCUACAUUAGAAAAUAUAGCAAAGAGUGGUGGUAAGAUGGUGAUCAUAAGCAACUCCUCAAGGCGCUCAUCUGUCACUAUGGAAAAAGUGAAGAGUCUCGGCUUUGAUGACUCGCUUUUUGCCGGAGCCAUCACCAGUGGAGAGCUCACUCAUCAGUACUUGCAAAGGAGAGAUGAUCCUUGGUUUGCGGCAUUGGGAAGGUCUUGCAUUCAUUUCACAUGGAAGGGACGCGGAGCAAUAACUCUUGAGGGCUUAGAUUUGCAAGUUGUGGAAAACGUUGAAGAUGCUGAGUUUGUUUUGGCUCAUGGCACAGAAGCCUUGGGGAGUCCCCAUGGGGAUGCACAUUCAAUGAAACUUGAAGAUCUCGAGAAAAUAUUGGAGCUUUGUGCUUCCAAAGGAAUCCCUAUGGUGGUAGCCAAUCCAGAUUAUGUAACUGUUGAAGCAAGGGACUUGCGUGUGAUGCCGGGUACACUAGCAGCCAAAUAUGAAAAGCUUGGGGGUGAAGUGAAAUGGAUGGGCAAACCUGGCGAGAUAAUCUACAAAGCAGCCAUGGCAAUGGCUGGCACACAUGUUUCUGAAUGUAUUGCCGUGGGUGAUUCUCUCCAUCACGACAUAAAGGGUGCCAAUGCCGCCGGAAUCGAAUCAGUAUUUAUCACUGGUGGUAUUCACGCGACCGAACUUGGACUCGAUGGUUUUGGGGAGGUAGCAGAUUCAUCUUCUGUGCAAGCACUUGCAACAAAAUAUGAUGCUUUUCCAUCUUAUGUAUCGCCUUCAUUCUCGUGGUAGAUCAAGAUCAUCAUGGCAAAUGAAUCUGAACCACUGUUGUUGCACUUAUCAGAGUCGCAAAAUGUGAUCUUUAGAUUUUGUAUGAUUUAUUGACCAUUGUUACAAAGUACAAAUCUUCAUGUACUCCAACAUUAUAUUGUAAAUUAGUGUUAUCAAUCAUUAUUGUCAAA